AUGAGGCCCUACUGCAUCUUCAUCGUCUGUCUCGUUCUCUUCACCUUCUGCUCACUGGCUCAAAUAAAGCAGGUCGAGAGUUAUCAUACUACACAUACUGAAUGCCACAGGAGUGGUGUCAUUUUCAUCACAAAAGCUCAAAGAGGGAUCUGUGCUGACCCGACAGAGAGAUGGGUUCAGAGGGCAAUGAACUUGGUGGACUUACGUGUAUUACAUCUUCAUACCAAACCUGAGAGGAAAGGAUCAGGGUCAGUCAGAACAUCAGAAACUAUACCACUCCACCGACCAGAGGAAACAACUCUAGUCCCCUUCAAAGAGUCACAAGACUGGAAAGUGUCAGAAUCAGUCAGAACAGCAGAA